GCAUGGAGCUCUGGUUACCAAACACGUACAGCUGGAGUAACUUCACGGUACUGGCCCUCGGUGUCUGGGCCAUUGCGCAGCGAGAUUCAGUGGAUGCCAUCUUCAUGUUCCUGACCGGUUUGCUGUUGACCAUCCUGACCGACAUCAUCCACUUCAGCCUCUACUACCAUCUGGUGGUGCUGACCGAUACCAUGCGCUUCUGUACCGGCAUGGCUAUUUUUAGCCUCCUCCUCAAGCCCCUGUCCUGCUUCUUCGCCUACCAGAUGUACAGAGAACGGGGCGGGGAGUAUGCCCUGAACCUCGGUAAGCUGGGAAACCUUCGCGUCUCCUAACCCUGGUUCUGGGCCUAGUCCAGUCUCCCUCGGAGUGGGAGGUUUCACCCACUUGGUUUGUUUUCCUGCACAAUGUCCGCGUUCCAGUGAAACUCCCCAUUUCCAUU